AUGGAAAAGAAUCGAAAACGUUCAGCAGAAGCUCCGGCUUCUUCUAAUCUAUCUACUCCUUCUUCUUCACGAUCCGAUCCUAGACCAAAACGCGCUACUAGUGAGCCAUUACAACAACGCAAUAAGCUCUCACCUUCCCCAACGGUUUUGGUAACUUCUAAUAACUUCAGUCCUACUACCACUACUACCAAUACUACCAAUACUACCAACUUCACACCUUCAUCUCUCGAUUCUCAUCCUUCUAUCAUGUUGGGAUCUUUAUCCUUAGAAAUCUUGGUCUACGUGGCUAGUUUGGUGGGCGAACGAGAACUGAUCCGAUUAGCAUGUUGCUCACGUCCACUUCGUUUGGCACUUUUGGCCUUACCCUUUCUAUGGUCACAAAGAUUAACCAUCGAGAUCUCGAAUCCAAGCACAGUUGAACAGGUUCAAACUCUCUUUUUCGAACGAGCUGAUCCUCGUCGAUAUCAAGCUCUCUCACCACCUAUCUCGACUCAUGGUCCUAUCGGACGAUGGAUCGUUCAUUCUCAAGCUACAAGAGAUCGACCACUUCGACGAUUAUCGCUUAGAUUAGCACCACCUCUCUUAUCACUCAAUGAAAGAGGAAAUCGUUAUGUGAUCAUACCCGAUCAACCUUAUUGGAACACCAACUUACUGGUUCAUAAUCUUCGAGCCAUCAGAAGCUUGUUAAACUUAAACUUUGGAUUGAUGUAUGUGGGAUUGAUGGAAUUGGAUAUCAGAUUAGAUGGUCAAUUUGAUCAAACCCUUCAGAUUGCUCAUGAACUUUGGACGUUUAUUCAAACUCCUUGGGCACGUACUGUGGUAGACUUUAAGUUUCUCGUCUCGUAUCCUUACGCUCGAAUUCCACCUAGGACACUUUUUGGAUUAAUGACUUGGAUGCCAGAUUUAAAAAGUGUUGAAAUAGAAGUGGUACCAGGAGUGAGUGGGAUUCAUCGAAAACCGACUUCAAGAGAUCCUAAGUUUGCAUUAGGUGGAGGGAAUGAGAUACCAGAACAGGAUCCUAAUGGAGAACCUAUGAUAAGUAAAUUAGAAAGGAUCAGUUUGGUUGGAAUGGAAUUAGGUCAACUUGUUUUACCGGAUCAAUUUCCAGUGUUACGUUCUUUGUUACUUAAGAAUGUAGGUUGGGGACGGAUGUUGUUUAGUCUUUUGAGGAAAUCACCGAAUUUGGUUUCAUUGAUUUUAUAUUCUGUUGAAUUUGAACAUGAAUCUGAUGAUGAAGUACCAUUAGAUUUAUCAUUUUGGGAGAAUCUAGAUGAAGAGAUGAGUGAAUUAGGAUCAGAUGAAUCAGCACUUGGACAAUUAAGACCACCACCGAUUCAAUUAAAUUCAUUAAAGAAUUUAGAAUUAGCCGGUAUCACCACACCAGUGAUAUGGUCCUUGAUUGGAGAUUUAAUACCGAAUCCGAUUAUAAAGAUGCCUAAUUUAAAACGAUUGAUGAUGGAAAGUAUGGAAUUAGAUGAAGAAGAACAAGCUUUGAUUGAACUCACCACUUUGGCACCUUUGAUUAAAGAGAUGGUUGUUAGGAAUUGUACGUUGAGAGAAGAAGCUGAUUUGUAUCAUUGUAUUAGAUGUUUACCUUAUCUUGAGAUGUUAGAUUUAAGACAAACUGAAAAUAUUACAUCUCAAUUAAUCAAUGCAUUAGCAUUAUCAGUACCCAAUAUAUCAUAUUUAGAUGUAAGAGGAUGUGGAUGGGUUCAAAUCGGAUCAGUAGCCAGAUUAGCCGAAACAAUAAGAGAUUCGUCAGAUGGAUUGAAACGAUUAGAAUUGAUUGGAGUAGAUUUACCUGGGUAUGAUGAUUGGGAAGGAUGGGAAGCAUGGAAAUGGUUGGAGUUUACACAUGUUUUGAUUGAUGUAGAAGAAUGGAAAGAGAGAAGAAGGUAUCGAAAAGAUAAAGGAAAGGAAGUCUUGGGAGGACCAACAGGAGGAGCAGGAGGAAGAAUAGAAGAAGAAAAGGAAAUGAAUGGGAGUAGUAGUAGGGGAGAAAGAGAACGGGUUGGGUUGAGAGUUGAUAGAGAUCGAGAUAGGGAUCGGAAUAGGGAAAGGGAAAGGGAGAGGGAAAGGGAUGAAUUGGAGUUGGAUUUAGAGGAUGAUGAUGAUUUGGAAAGUGAUAUGGAAGAACUUAUGGAUGAUGAGGAUGGCUUUCAAGAUGAAGGGAUGACUGAACGGAUAGAGAUUAGUGAUAGUAGUGGAGGAGGAGGUGGUGGUGGUGAUGGAGUAGUAGUCGUUGAUGAAGUUGGGGUUCCUGUUGUUACUGCUGCUGCUGUGGGUGGUGGUGGUGUGGGUGUGGGUGAUGCUGGUGGGGAAGAAAUGGAAAGAGCUCAUCCUAGAGUUGUCUUGAGGAAUUUGUCUAGAUCUUGA